AUGACACAUGGUUUAAAGAUGUCCAAACUCUUUGCAAAGGCAAAUUAUCAGUCGGCUGAAUCUAUCAAACCUUUUUGGCUCAAGGCUUCGGAAAUACCACUCCACGAUGAUAUCACCUUAAUCACUGUGAUUACUCCUGAUACUUGGACUGAAUUAGAGCGAUUAGUUGAUUAUUGGAAAGGUCCUAUUUCGGCAACAUUACAUACGAAUAAGGAUGAAAACACCAUGACGACAUUACGUGAAAAAUAUAACAACCAUGCAGAAUUACUAAAAAGAGUCGACAUUCAUCUAUCAGAAUCACCACAAGCUGGAAUUUCUGUUCUUGUACCUCGCAAUGCUGAACGCAAUGUGGCUCGUCUAUUCGCUCAAACGGAAUAUGUGAUGGAAAUGCCAUCCAAUAUGGUACCUGCCACUGAUCUUCGUCGUACAUUGAAUACCAACAAAGGAAUGUUCGAAAAUCUAUUACGUGAUGGUGAUGUACUUGUGGUGCCUACAUUUGGAUUCCCUGAACAAGAAAGCACUGUAUACAAACUUCCCUUCAGUAAAUCUCGACUAUUGGAACUCGUGGAUGAUGAUAAUAUGUUCUUAUUGGACAAACACUGGAAACCUAAUACUGGUCCAACUGACUUGGAUCUUUGGAAGACGGCUACUACUUUAUAUCCUGUGAGUCGUUAUGAUUUUCAUUAUGAACCUAUAGUGAUUGAAAGUAAAACUAUUCAACCAUGGUGCGCUGAACGCUUUCUAGAUAGUAGACCAGCUUGUCUUUUCUCAACGUACUUGAGUGGUGGUGAUUUCUGGGUAUUACCGGAUGAUUAUGUCGUAGAAUUACCUGAAACUGAAAAAAACAAUCUCUCUGACUUUGAUCAUGUCAUUGAAAAUCGGUUGUACGCUAAAUUCUAUUGGGAACAAUGCGUUCAUCAUGCAAGACAAUUGGAUGCUCUUGGUCUCUGGAAAGGCAAACGAUCUGAACAUAUCCGUACACAGUGUUCUCGUGUCAUUCAAAAUUGGGGUAAAGGGUUAAUAGGAAAACCAGAAUAG